CCCGCCCGGCCCCUCCGCCCCGCGGCCCUAAUGAGCGGUCCGUCCCCGCGCUCUCCUGCCUGGAAGUGCUGACAGAUCAAGGCAACAAAUUUCAAUUACAAGCCCUAAUUUGUGUCCGCAGAGCGUUUGUUACCCAUGUCAGUCCUGUUGGGCCCAUCAGACGGGGCAGAGCGAGGAGGAGGAGGAGGAGGAGGAGGAGGGGGAGAAAAAGAGCGCAUCUGCAAAAAGGAAUAGAGUUUUUUCCUCCCCUUGAAAAAAAAAAAAAAAAAAAAAAAAACUUGGCUGAUAACUCGGAUUUAAAAAGAAAGGCGAGGAAAAGCCCCGGCCCCAGCCGGCGCGGUCGGGAGGACGGGCGGGCGGCGCUGGCUGCAGGGGGGGCAUGGCCGACAAGCGGCGGGCCUCGCCCGGCACCACCAUGAGCCUGAAGGCUCACGCCUUCUCGGUGGAGGCGCUCAUCGGGGCCGAGAAGCAGCAGCCGCCCGCGCCGCCCCCGCGGCAGCCCAAGCGGCGGAAGGUGGGCGGCGAGGACGAGGCGGCGGACGACGAAGGGGGCAGCGGCUGCUGCGCCGGGAGCCCGGCGGCCACCAGCGGCAGGAGCGGCGGCGACAUGGAGCCGGGCUGCGCCCGCGGGCCCGCCGGUGACGCCCGGCGUGGCCCGGCCCUUUGGCUUCCUCUCCUGUCCGCUCUCUCCGCAGGCGCCGAGGAGGGUUUCGCGGCGGCGUCCCCGCCCGCCUCGCCCGGCGGAGGCUCCCCGAAGGGCUCCGGGCCCGGCUCGCCGCUCCCCGCGCCCCAGACGCCGCGCGUGGAGCUACAGGGCGCCGAGCUCUGGAAGCGCUUUCACGAGAUCGGCACCGAGAUGAUCAUCACCAAAGCGGGCAGGCGGAUGUUUCCUGCGAUGAGAGUGAAGAUCUCUGGUUUAGACCCCCAUCAGCAGUAUUACAUCGCCAUGGAUAUUGUGCCAGUGGAUAACAAAAGAUACAGGUAUGUUUAUCAUAGUUCCAAGUGGAUGGUGGCCGGUAACGCUGACUCCCCGGUACCGCCUCGUGUUUAUAUUCACCCCGAUUCACCCGCCUCCGGGGAGACGUGGAUGAGACAAGUGAUCAGCUUCGACAAACUGAAGCUCACCAAUAAUGAACUUGAUGAUCAGGGGCAUAUUAUCCUUCACUCUAUGCAUAAAUACCAGCCUCGUGUCCACGUCAUCCGAAAAGACUGUGGAGAUGAUCUGUCCCCAGUCAAGCCUAUCCCUUCAGGAGAAGGAGUCAAAGCAUUCUCCUUUCCAGAGACAGUUUUCACCACUGUCACAGCAUACCAAAAUCAACAGAUAACUCGUCUGAAGAUUGACAGGAAUCCCUUUGCCAAAGGGUUUAGAGAUUCAGGACGUAACAGAAUGGGACUGGAAGCUUUGGUGGAGUCUUAUGCCUUCUGGAGACCUUCACUUAGAACACUUACAUUUGAAGAUAUACCUGGGAUACCUAAACAAGGAAAUGCAGGUUCUUCUACCUUACUCCAGGGAUCUGGCAGUGGAGUGCCUUCUACCCACCCUCACCUUUUGCCGGGUUCCCCUUGCUCAUCUCCAGCCUUCCAUCUCAGUCCCAACACUAGCCAACUCUGUAGCCUUGCUCCUGCUGACUAUACAGCUUGUGCCCGCUCAGGUUUGACCCUGAACAGAUACAGCACUUCUUUGGCUGAAACCUACAACAGGCUCACAAACCAAACCAGUGAGACGUUCGCACCCCCAAGGACUCCCUCGUAUGUUGGUGUGUCGAGUAGCACAACUGUGAAUAUGUCAAUGAGUGGCAAUGAUGGGGAUGCAUUCAGCUGCCCACAAACUGGCUUAUCUAUGCAGAUUUCAGGGAUGUCUCCACAGCUCCAGUACAUCAUGCCAUCCCCUUCCAGCAAUGCCUUUACCACUAAUCAAACCCACCAAGGCUCCUACAACACAUUUAGACUGCACAGUCCCUGUGCGCUGUACGGAUAUAACUUUUCAACAUCCCCUAAACUGGCUGCCAGUCCUGAGAAAAUUGUUUCUUCCCAAGGAAGUUUCUUGGGGUCCUCGCCGAGUGGAACCAUGACGGAUCGGCAGAUGUUGCCCCCUGCAGAAGGAGUGCACUUACUUAGCAGUGGGGGGCAGCAGAAUUUCUUUGACUCUAGGACCCUAGGAAGCUUGACACUCUCAUCUUCUCAAGUGUCUGCACAUAUGGUUUGAUGAAGCCUUUAAGUAAAAGUACAGUAUGUUUGGUGUCUACAGUGUAUUUCUUUUGGAAUAUGAAGGGACAAUCAAUGUAGCUUGUAAAGUGUGUGUAUAUAUAAUAUGAGAGGAAGUUUCACUGAAUUUUUGACUUGUUUGCGGCCAGAUUAUUCUCCUAUUUUGAGUUACACGGAGUUUUCUGCAGCGCAGACUGCUUUAGUUUUCUGGUAUAAUACACUUAGUUGUGUAACACGUUGGGACAUAUGCAACAAAUUAAGUAAGACUUCCUCCCCUUUCCCCCUCCUCUGUUCUAACCCCUUUAAAGAAUGAAAUGACACUUAGAGUAUUAAAGGACACAAACAAGCCCACUUACAUUGCCUGUAGUACUAGUGAGAUUCUUUAAAACAUUCAUGCAAUGUUAAGCUGAUGCACCAAAGGCAUUUUACAAUCUUCUUCUCUGUUAUAAGGGAUAUGAAGGGUAUUUGGACUUUCAAGUGUUAAGUAUCAAGCAUCCAGCCUAAAAUAGAAGUUUAGCUAAUGGAUUAUUUGCAAAGUAAACAGAAAGAUUAGUUUGCCUUCUCAUGAUACGCUGUUUUUAGCUUAUCAACGGCACAGCAUUCUUACUAGGAUUUUUUUUCUGCAUUAGUCUAGAUUUAUGAUUAGGUAUUUGAAGACAAAUAAUGCAUAUUCAAAUUGUGGUGAUGUGAGUGAUUUAAAUAAACAGCAAAAGAAGUGGCAUUCCUUGGUACAGAAUGAACUUUGGGGUGCUUCAUUUUUGUCAGAGGAAGGGCUUGAUGCAUUUUUUUUCCAUCAUAAAUAUUGCCUAUAAGUCAUUUACUGAACAGUAGAGUAUUCUAAUGUAUCUUUGUUUUUAUAGUUUUACUUUUUUAAAGCAAAUGCAGGUUUGAUUUAGAAAAAAGGUGCACAGGAUGAGGAAUUCCGUUAUUGAUUUUACCCUUUUUUGUGUGUUGUGAUUCCUUUUUUUUUAAUAAGAGGAAAAAGUCCUCAGUAUGUCAUAAAUUGUACGUAUAUUGCCUGUAGCCAUUAGGUGAAUAACCCAGUUUGCCCACAAGUAUUGCUGGAAGCAGAACUUUCUCCUAGCUGCCUCCCUGUAAUGUGGCCAAUUUGGGACCAGGACUACAAUAGGCAAAAUUCCUUUAAUAGUUUACUUUGAAAGCCACUGCAUAACACCUACAGCCUAUUUCCCUCCCUCCAGGGAGCCCUCUGUCUUCCGCUGUAGUUCCUUUCUGUUUUGGGGCUACUACUGCUCUGUUUCUCAAACAGUCUUUGCUGUGGAAUUCCCAUCUCUGAUUUAACUGGCAUUUGCAAGAAUGCAGAUCAAAAUCUGCUCCUGAUCAAGCUUCUCCAGAGUGACGAAUGCAUAGGGAGAUACCGGUCCUGGGGAUGCUUCUGCCCUCAUCUGUGCCUGCACCGUCGUGGUACACAUGGUCCUGCUGCGAGAGCUGCCUUCCGGCUGCUUGCCUGGUGGAGCCGAAACACAGAGGGUAUGGAAGAGAUUUUAAUGCUUGUGAGCAUGAGUUGUCUUCAAGUUUGCCCUAAGCCUCCUCUGUACUACACAGGUGAUAUAAAGGUGUUAUAAAGUGAGUACAAAUGCAAUUGAAAAUGCUUCUCUGUUCAGCACUGAAGGAGAAAAAGGCCCUCAGAUUUUACAUUUUUCAGUGAAAGUGGAUUGUUACAUUUUGCAGGAGUUCUAAUGUCUAUCCUGGCAAACAGUGGGCUUAACCCACUGCAACCUAAAAAAAUACUCAGAACAGUUAAUGUUUCUUCAGUAGAUAAGAGAUAAUGCGUACAGAAGCAGCUCUCUCUCUAUCUCUCCUUAGUAUUUAGGAAAAAAAGAGAGAACGCAACAAACUUUAAGCUGGUUCCUGGAGAAGGCUCUACUUCUAUCAGUUGUAUUUUGUUUAUGUUAAAGAAGACACUUAGAAAGUUCUCACUGAAGCUGGGAAGAUAAGAGGGUGAGCCUGCCAUGGAGGAGAUGAGUUUACUUCUUUGCUGUCACAAACUUCCCAAGUGACCCUGUGCAAUUCACUCAGCUCUUUUUCUUCUGUAAAAUGUGCUAAUAGCACUUCCCUGCCUCAUUAGGAAAUGCUGACUGUACAUGAAGGGUGAAGAUGAUCUUUACAUCUGAUGUACUGUGGGCAGUACGUUCAGGGUGAAUGGCUGGGUUGUGCUCAUGUGUGAGGAUAACAAAGAGCAUUCAUGUACUUCGGUUCUCUUGCUAGUUUCUGGCAUUGCAGUGUCCUUUGAUGCAGACCUGCAAUGCUAAAAACACUGUUCAGAAAACUCCCAGUAAUAAUUUGUGAAAUGGUUCUAAGAUGUGUAGAAGAUGGGCAAUUUUUCCAUUAUAUGUGAAUUGUCAUAGCUCUAUUGGUUUCAAUUGACAAGGGAGUUGUGAAUAGUAAUUUCUGCUCCAGCCAAGACUUCAAAAUGUUGCAGUUGGGCGUAAUGCUGAAAGAGAGGUUUUAAUCUGUACAUGAAAAGGAAUAAGCAAUAUAAUUAUCCAUGUCAUCUUAAAGGCUGUGACUGUGUAGAAAUGUGGAAGAGCUAAGUCAUGCAUGUUCCUACAAGGGGAACAUGCAUGAUGUUGUGCAUGGAUGUUUGUGGAGGUGCCCCUGGCAAGAGUAUGUACUUUGUCACCUGGGAAUUUUUUAGAGCUGUUCUCAUAUUUUUCCUGAAAUUAUUCCUUUCAUAUAACCACACAAUAUGUUUUGAAACAUUUGUUCCUUAAAAUUUGAAUCAUAUUGUAAAUACUUACUGGUGUGCCAUUGUGAAAAGACUAGCUUUUUAUCAACAUAGUAAAUGGUAUAUAUGCCUUAUAUCUAUAAUUAUAUAUCUGUAUUUUACAAAAAUGCCACAGAAAAUAUA